GAGAGAGGCUUUGCAUCGAAUGGUUCUUCUUAGGGCGUAUAAGGAGAAGAAACAAAGCCGUACAAAGAGGGCUCUUCCUUGGGCAUAAACCACCAUUUUCGUUUUAUCUGAAAUCUUCGUCUCUCUCGUAAGAUCUAACCGCAACAACUGCUUAAGAUGGAUAGGUAUCACAGAGUGGAGAAGCCGAAGGCGGAUACGCCGAUUGAUGCGAACGAGAUUCGAAUCACUAGUCAAGGCAGGGCACGAAACUACAUCACCUAUGCGAUGACUCUUCUUCAGGAAAAAGGUUCAAGUGAAGUUGUAUUCAAGGCAAUGGGAAGAGCUAUCAACAAGACUGUGACCAUUGUAGAGCUGAUUAAGAGAAGGAUCCCUGAUCUUCAUCAGAACACAUCGAUUGGAUCCACAGACAUAACAGACACAUGGGAACCACUUGAGGAAGGCCUUCUACCUUUGGAGACUACAAGGCAUGUGUCAAUGAUAACCAUUACACUAUCCAAGAAUGAGCUUAAUACAUCUUCUGUUGGGUACCAGUGCCCGAUUCCUAUUGAGAUGGUGAAGCCAAUGGGCGAUAUCGAUUACGAAGGACGAGAGGGUUCACCUGGUGGCAGAGGGAGGGGAAGAGGAAGAGGAAGGGGAAGAGGAAGGGGGCGAGGCGGCAGAGGAAAUGCUUAUGUGAACGUUGAGUAUGAAGAUGGAGGUUGGGAACGUGACCAGUCCUAUGGACGCGGCAGAGGACGUGGCAGAGGACGCAGCAGUCGUGGUCGUGGGAGAGGAGGAUACAAUGGUCCUCCAAAUGAGUAUGAUGCACCACAAGAUGGAGGUUACGGUUAUGAUGCUCCUCCUCAUGAACACCGUGGAUAUGAUGAACGUGGUGGUUACGAUGGUCCUCAGCAAGGCCGUGGCGGUUAUGAUGGUCGUCAGGGUCGUGGCGGUUAUGAUGGUCCUUCUCAAGGUCGUGGUGGCUAUGAUGGUCCUCCUCAAGGCCGUGGUGGCUACGAUGGACCUCCUCAAGGCCGUGGUGGCUACGAUGGACCUCAGGGCCGCGGGCGUGGGCGUGGACGCGGAAGGGGAGGUCGUGGAAGAGGUGGAGGAGGAGGUCGUGGUGGAUUCAACAACAACCGAUCAGAUGGACCACCAAUUCAGGCAGCUGCUUGAGAGUGAGGUGUCGCUUAGACAAACAUAAAAAGAAAAAAAAAGCCCAAGUCGUUGGAUGUUUUUUUCUAUAUCCUUGCUCUCUGUCUCUCUUUCUAUGUUUGCUUCUUCUGUCCAUCAAGAAGACAUGUUUGCUGCCAUAAAGUGUAUCUCUUUCCCCUUUCUUUUUCUUCUUUAAUCCAUUGAUUCACAGUUUUUUUGUUUUGAGUUUGUGGUCUGUUUUGUUUCUUUUCUAGAGUCGCUUAGGGUAUAGUAUAUGUUCAAUUUAUUUUAUGGUUGGUUAGAGAAGAACUACUGAGGCAUCCAUCCUCUUUUCAUUUUUGUUUUUGUUUGUCAUCUCUUCUGUUUUGUAGUUUUGUUUAGGUGGGAGUGAGACACACAGUUUGGACAAAUUAACUCUUUUUCUUGUUUGGUUAUCAGUUUUUUUUAAUGUGAUGGAACAGUUGAUUCUUUUA